GGAGAUUCAGCGCUGCUCUCUUGUAACAGAAAGGCUGUGAAGAGGUGUUCAGGCUUGCAAAUGGACAUCCCGAAAGGUCUAUAAAAUACAGCUGCUCCAAUCCACAGAUGCAGAAGAUGGCUUAGCAACAGACCAAUCUUCUCCCAUGCUGGGGUCCCUCUGUGCCCGGCGGUUGGACUGAUGUGAAUCUUUUGUUUUUUUGGGGAUCGGAGAAGCUUGUUCCCAAAGCCAGUCUUCCCUAAUUCAUGAGCCAGCAGGAUGUGGUCGCCGUCCUUUCAGAACGCCUUCUCAUAGCUGCGUACAAAGGGCAAGUGGAUAAUGUGGUGCAGCUUAUCAACAAGGGUGCCAAGGUAGCUGUUACCAAGCAUGGGCGGACACCUCUCCAUCUUGCAGCUUACAAAGGUCAUCUCCAUGUGGUCCAGAUUCUGCUCAAAGCAAGCUGUGACGUGGAUCUUCAGGAUGAUGGUGAUCAAACAGCUUUGCAUCGGGCGACUGUUGUAGGGAACACAGAUGUUAUCUCAGCUCUUAUCCAUGAAGGAUGUGCACUGGACAGGCAAGAUAAGGAUGGGAACACAGCUCUUCAUGAAGCUUCUUGGCAUGGAUUCAGCCAAUCAGCUAAGCUGCUUGUCAAAGCAGGAGCUAAUGUCCUUGCCAGGAACAAGGCAGGUAACACUCCACUGCAUUUGGCCUGCCAAAACAAUCAUUCUGAAAGUGUGCGUGUUCUAUUGCUUGGAGGCUCUCGGACUGAUAGCAAAAACAAUGUUGGAGAUACCGCACUUCAUGUCGCUGCUGCAUUGAAUCAUAAGAAAGUGGCAAAAUUGCUUUUGGAAGCUGGAGCUGAUGGGACAGUAGUUAACAAUGCUGGCCAGACCCCACUAGAAGUUGCGCAGGAACACAACAAUCCUGAAGCUGCUCUUCUACUUACUAAAGCCCCUCAGAUCUCACGCUUUAAUCGUGGAAGGAGCCUGAGGAAGAAAAGGGAAAGACUUAAAGAGGAAAGAAGAGCUCAGUCCGUGCCACGCGACGAAGUGGUGCAAAGCAAGGUAUAGGCAUUUCUGUGUAUUUAGGGGGUAAAGA